AUGACCAACCAAACAGAAGCAAACGCACCCGGAGCUCCUCCAUCCACAGUCACACAUGCAGUCCUCGUCCCUUCGAACGAGAUGCCUGAGGGCUCUCAAAAAGUCGAAGAGCUCGAUUUCAACAACUUUGCUGGUCGACCAAUUACUGUGGAUGAUCUCAUCGGUGGUAUGAACAAUAUGGGAUUCCAAGCAAGUUCGAUUGGAGAGGCUGUCCGGAUCAUCAACAAUAUGCGCACCUGGUCCGACCCCUCCGACCCCACCGCCAAAACAACCAUCUUCCUAGGCUACACAUCCAACCUCAUCUCUUCCGGCCUCCGCGGCGUCCUCCGCUACCUCGUACAACACAACCACGUCUCAGCAAUCGUCACCACCGCCGGCGGUAUCGAAGAAGACCUCAUCAAAUGCCUCGGCGACACCUACAUGGGCUCAUUCUCCACCCCCGGCUCCGAACUACGCUCCAAGGGCCUCAACCGAAUCGGCAACCUCAUCGUCCCCAACAACAACUACUGCCUCUUCGAAGACUGGGUGAUCCCCAUUCUGGACACCAUGCUUGCCGAGCAAGAAGCCAGCAAGAGCAACCCCCUGGAUGAACAAGUCAACUGGACACCUUCAAAAGUGAUUCAUCGCCUGGGCAAAGAGAUAAAUGAUGAGAGAUCGGUGUAUUACUGGGCUUAUAAGAAUGACAUUCCUGUGUUCUGCCCGGCUUUGACGGAUGGCUCGCUGGGAGAUAUGCUUUACUUCCAUACUUUCAAGUCAUCUCCUCUUCAGCUAAAGCUCGACAUCAUCCCCGACAUCCGCCACCUCAACACGAUCUCCGUUCGCGCCGCCCGCGCAGGCAUGAUCAUCCUCGGCGGCGGCAUAGUCAAGCACCACAUCGCCAACGCGUGCCUGAUGCGCAACGGCGCCGAGAGCGCAGUCUACAUCAACACGGCGCAGGAGUUUGACGGGAGCGAUGCGGGCGCGAGGCCGGAUGAGGCGGUGAGUUGGGGGAAGAUUAAGGUCGGCGCGGAGAGUGUGAAGGUCUACGUGGAAGCAACUGCUUGUUUCCCCCUAAUAGUUGCAGCAACGUUCGCCAAAGGCGAAGGCAACGCAGCAAAGGCUGAAUCACAUCCCCAAUAA